CGUUUCUAGGACAACGACUCACAAACAAAUGAGGGUGGUGGUUCCCACUUUGUUUGGUUAGGAACAAAACCAAUUUAUAUCGUGCUAUUGAAGAAGCGGACUAAAAACGUUCAGCACACUUGAGGAAUGUCUUUCAUGAGCCAGCAGCGCAACAUCUCUCACAACCACCAUCAGAAGAUGAUCCUGGACUACCGCAAACAGGAGGAAAUGCGUGAAGAUCAAACUAAACGCAUCGCCAAAGAGAGGCAGCUACAAGCCAACAUCCAGUGCGAAGAGAGAGUCGAGAAAAAGCGCUUCCUGCGCAAGAUGCGAGAUGAAGAGUAUGGCAGACAAAUCGAGGAAUCCCUUGUCAAGGCAGAACAGGAAAGACAGUUCAAAGAGAGGCAGCUUGAACAGGAAGAGAGGAUGGCCCAGGAGCUGGCGAGAAUUAAUAAUCAGAAACUCCGAGAUGAGAAGAUGAGGCAGUACAUUAAAGAGAACAGCAUUGAACUUCGAGAGCUAGAGUUAAAGCUCAAGUCUGCCUACCUAAACAGAGAACGGGCAGCACAGAUGGCAGAAAAGGAAGCUAUGCGAUAUGAGACAGUGCGACAAGAGGCUGCCAUUGCCCGUAAGAUGAAGGACGAGCACGAGCGUGCAGAGAUGGAGAAGGAGAAGCAGGAGCAGAAGAAGUAUGAGGAGGUGGCGCGUUACCAGCAAGAACUUGAGCGGCAGCUCGAGGAGAAGGACCGCAAGAGACAGGAAGCCUAUGAGGAGUUUCUUAAAGAGAAACUCAUGGUGGAUGAAAUAGUGCGGAAGAUCUAUGAGGAGGAUCAGAGGGAGAUUCAGUUACGACUCGAGAAAGUGGUGGCCACUCAGAGAUACAUUGAAGAUUUUAAAAAGCAGCAAGCGGAGUGGAGACGUAUAGAGCGAGAGAAGGUAGAGGCGGAGAACAGGCGCAUCAUUGAGUUUGCCCACUACCAGCAGAGGAAGGAGGAGGACAGGAUGGCCAAAGUUAGAGAACGAGAACAAGCGAAAGAAACCUUGCACAAAAUGCUCGCUGAGCAGAUUGAGAUGGAAAAAAGAGAACGUGAGAAGAUGGAGCGUGUCCGUGAGGAACUUCACUUGGAAGAGCAGGCUGAGGCUGCAAGAAGACAGGAAAUUGAAGAGAUGGAGAAGAGGAUCCGGCAGCGGCUAGAGCUGCAGCAGACAUGUCAGGAAAUGAUGGCCUUCAAGCGAUUGCGCAUACAAGCUGAGAAAGAGGAAGAGGAGGCCUUUAGACAAAUGAUGAUGGCCAAGUUUGCAGAGGAUGACCGCAUCGAGCAGAUGAAUGCCCAGAAGCGUCGUAUGAAACAGUUGGAACACAAACGGGCUGUAGAGAAGCUGCUGGAAGAAAGGAGACAGCAGUAUCUGGCUGAACAAGAGAGGGAGGAAGAGGAGCGAGCAAUGGAGAAGGAGAGAGAGUCUCAGCGGCGAAAGAUCAUUGAAGAGGAGAGACAGAGGCUUCUAAAACAGCAUGCGACAAAACUGCUGGGAUACCUACCAAAGGGAAUUUUUAAAGAAGAUGACCUGGAGCACUUUGAUGAGGAUUUCAGAAACAAUUUCAAACAACGACAGGCUGAUAUUUUCUCAGAUGAGGGUUGGGGAGAUGAUUCGCAGUAGGGUAAUUCCUGUCAUGACCACAAUGUGGCACUCUUUCUAAAUCUGGUCUGUUAAUGCUUGUAUACUGAACAGUGCAUUAUAACCUGUUAGGUGCAUCUGCUAAUUUGACAAACUAUUUAACAAAUUUCAUGCAUGAAACAAAUUUAAUUUUAUCUUGAAUAAAUUUAUACAGUAUAUUCAAACUAAGUCUAUAGUGUGUUGCUUUAUAACUACAAGUAGUAUAGUGUCAAACUCUAAAAUGGCAAACCAAUUAGGCUAAUGAUGAAAUAUUAGUUUCAAAAGGAUACUACAUAUUAAUCAUAUGAUAAUCUGAAUCUCCAACAAUGAAUUUGUAACGUUAUGUAAGUAUUUAGGGUUCAUACUGGGUAAUACAUUGUUUUUCCUCUUUCUUGAACUGUUAAAUUUAAAUUUUACUUUUUGUAGCGCUCCAAAUAAAUUCACCAAAUGUCCACCAUUUGUGGACUAGACUUGUUUAGCCCUUCUCACACAAGCAUUUCCUUUCCUCUGAGUGAUUUCGUUGCUUUCCAAGAAAGAACUGAAUGUGGUUGAUGGUUGGCAGGCAGUAUAUCAUACGAGCAAGAAUUUAAUCAAAUGUGACUGCUCAUGUACAGUCAAGUCUGUCAGUGUCUCAACAGCUGUCAGUCAUUCUGUUCAUUACGUUGGUCUGGUUGCUGUCAUGGCCGUACAGUUCUUCCAUUUAAGUGUUGACUGUUAUCUGUACCUGUACUAUGAAAAUGGCAAGCCUCUCUUGUAACUGCUAUUAUGAAAAUUCCCUCUAAAAAUGGUAAAUAAAAAAAAAGCUAAGUCAUCAUAUAAUGAAUUUCAUUAAAAAUGGAUCCCUUAAACUUUCAUGCAACAUCACCAUCCAUCAGCAUUUGGUGUUUAUUUUCAAUUCUAAGUC